AUGGAAAGCGGUUUCACCACUGAAGGGGGUUUUGAAGAGGCAGAAGAAAGAGCAGGAGAGCAACACAGGUUGGAAACAAAGCUUGCUAGUUUCAUGGCUUCCAGAAAUCAACUCGACCCGCAACAACAGCAACCACAACAACAAGAACAUCAUCAUCAUAAUCAUCAUCAAAUACCAAACCACCACCAUCAGCAGCAGCAGCAACAACAACAGCAUCAUCAUGAAAUUCAAUAUGGAAUGAUGCAGUCAUCAUCCUCCAACAUCCCAUCUGCGAAUUUCAUAGGAAGCAACAAAGAUACUGGAGCAUAUGAUCUGGGCGAGUUAGAUCAAGCUCUUUUCCUCUACCUCGAUGGCCAACAAGAUCAUCAUCAUCAUCACGCUUCCCAUCACAUUCAAGACCAACGACAUCAAACUAGCUCAGGAAUGAGGCCUCCAACUUUGAACAUUUUCCCAUCUCAGCCUAUGCACGUAGAGCCAUCAUCAACCAAAGGUGUUAGUAAUGCUGGAAUAGUUUCUUCUGCAACUAGUGAUUCAAAGAGACCAUCAGAGCCGUCCAUGGAGUUGGCCAACCCACGCAAAAUUGAUGCUGCUGCUCCAUCUGGACCUCCUGAACCUGCCAAGACUAUCAAGCGUGAGGGUAACCGCAAGGGACCAACUACAUCAAGUUCAGAGCAAGAAGGACCAAAAACACCAGACCCUAAGACACUGAGAAGGCUUGCUCAGAAUAGAGAGGCAGCCAGGAAAAGCAGGCUCAGAAAAAAGGCAUAUGUUCAGCAGUUGGAGUCGAGUAGGAUUAAGCUCACACAGCUGGAACAAGAGCUGCAAAGAGCUAGAACCCAGGGCAUGUUCUUUGGAGGUGGUCUUGUAGGAGCAGAACAGGGAGUUCCGGUUGGUAUAAACAACACUAGCUCAGAUGCUGCUAUUUUUGACAUGGAGUAUACUCGCUGGCUCGAGGAGCACCACCGCCUAAUGUGUGAGCUCCGAGCAGCUGUGCAAGAGCAUUUGCCCGAGAAUGAGCUAAGGCUGUUUGUGGACAACUGUUUGGCACACUAUGAUGAGGUGAUGAACCUCAAGAGCAUGGUGGCCAAAACCGAUGUGUUUCACAUUGUUUCAGGCAUGUGGAAGACUCCAGCUGAGAGAUGCUUCAUGUGGAUGGGUGGAUUCCGGCCCUCUGAGGUCAUUAAGAUUAUUGUGACCCAAAUCGAGCCACUGACGGAGCAGCAACUGAUGGCUAUUUGUUCGUUACAACAAUCCACAAGUGAAGCUGAGGACGCUCUCACACACGGGCUUGAAGCUCUGAACCAGUCACUGUCGGACACCAUAGCCUCCGACUCGCUGAGCAUGCCUCCUAACAUGGCUAACUACAUGGGUCAGAUGGCUUUAGCCAUGAACAAGCUCUCUACCCUCGAAGGGUUCGUCAGACAGGCUGAUAAUCUAAGGCUGCAGACGAUUCACCGGCUGCAGACACUGCUGACUACCCGCCAAUCGGCACGGUGUUUGCUGGCAAUAGCUGAGUACUUCCAUCGUCUCCGAGCUCUCAGCUCUCUCUGGAUGAGCCGUCCUAGACAAGAUCACCAAGGCUAAGCAUCCAACGUAUGCAGCUAGAGCUGAGCUAAGCAAUAUUCGUGAUCGACAUCGCAAACUAGCUGCCGUUAAUUAAUGUAAUAUUAGCGAGCUAGUAAUUUAGAACCAAGAAAUAUGCCAUCGUAAUUUUAUACAUGUACUUGUCUUUGUCUUAAUGUUUCUAGAGAUCAGAUGUAUAGCUAGCUAGCUAGACAAUUAAACUGUAUAUUUAAAUUUCAAUAUCACACCUUUAGAAUAAAUUUGCCCUGUGUCGGUUCUCAAUCUCGUUGGGUAGAGCUAGAGAUCGAUACGAUCAACAUCGCCGACUAUUCUGACAAAGAAAAGACCAAGCUGAUGAUGAAGAAGAA